AUGGCUUCCGAGUCCCAAGAGAACUACAUCAAUGGAGUACUUGAAGAUGAAGAAGAUGCUGAUGAUGGUCAUGUUACGGGGCAUAGCCUAGGUGGCGCUCUUGCCUCAUUGUUCACCUCGGUGCUGGUGUUUCAUGGGGAGAUGAAUGUGAUGGAAAGGCUGCUUGGUGUCUACACAUUUGCGCAACAAAGGAUAGGAGAUUGCCAGCUGGGGAGGUACGUUGAGGCACAUUUGAUUAAUCCGGUCCCAAAGUACUUCAGGGUUGUCUACUGCAAUGAUUUUCUGCCCAGGUUGCCUUAUGAUGAACGAAACUGCUUCUAUAAGCAUUUUGGGGUGUGUCUUUACUAUGACAGUCUAUAUAUUGAACAAAAAAUGGAGGAGGAGGAGGGGCCAAACAGAAAUUACUUUGGAAUGAGACAUCUGAUGGCAGAAAUUCUGAAUGUUGCUUGGGAGCUAAUGAGAAGUAUGACAUUGGGUUACAUAUAUGGGCCAGAUUAUGCAGAAGGGUGGUUCUCCAUUUUGGCAAGGAUAGCAGGACUUGUGUUUCCUCGCAUGACGGCACAUUCACUUACGGAUUACAUCAUUCAAGUGUCCUCUUCCUAA